UGUAUUUUUGUCACUGUAUCUACUACUAGCAACCGUAUUUGAAGCGCGCUGACCACGGUAACGCCCUGGAGACUGGAGAGGUAGGCCUACAGAGCACAGAUACAUCCCACUUCAGGAACGAGGAAGUAGGCCAGGGUACAAACGAAUACGAGGACAUUAUCUGGAAAUAUCACACAGAGAAGAGAUGGCAUCUCUAUCCAGACAAAAAGAGUUGAGGCUAGUUCUACUUGGCCGGUCCGGCGCAGGGAAGAGGGCUACUGGGAACACCAUAAUGGGCCGCCCGAAUGUCCUUACCCAGACUGCUGUUGAGCCUGCUGUUGCUCCUGAGUGUGAGAAGCACAGAGGGACCGUUGCUGGGAGAUGGGUGUCUGUGGUAGAUGCCCAAGACUGGUUUUGCUCAGAGCGCCCCCCUGAGGAAGUGAAGCGUCACCUGUCGUCUUGUGUGGCCCUGUCAACCCCAGGUCCCCAUGCCUUCCUCCUGUGUGUCCCCGUGGACCAGCCGGCUGACGUGGAGCUGCAGGCCCUGGACACCCUGGAGAAGGUCCUCGGCCCCACUGCAGUCAGUGGACACACCCUCAUCCUUUUCACCCGCACAGACCAGUUGGGUCCGGGACAGCAGCUGGACGAGUACAUCUCCAAACGCAAAGACCUGCUGGAGCUAGUGGUGGUGUGUGGUGACCGCUAUCACUCCCUGGAGAGCCGUAGCGGGGAAAAGGAUGAGAGGAGGAGUGUGGAGGAGCUGCUGGAUAAAGUUGAGCAGACUGUAAAGGAAAGCGGGCUGGAGUUUUACAGCUGUCCCCUCUACGAGGAGGCUGAGGCCCGGGUGAGGGAGAAGCAGGCAGAGUUAGUUACCCAGAGAAGACUGGGAGAAGGAAAGGAGUUUGAUGAAGAAGUACCCUCCUCAGCCUCACCUCCCGAGCCUGAGAUAGAUGAUGAAGAGAUGGCAAAAAUCAGAGAGGAGGCGGAGAGAAGUGUGUGCGACCUGAACAUAGACAUGGACAGUAUUAGCUGUCUUUCUCCGGCCUCCCCCCCUCCCUCAUUUCUCUUGUCCGUGUGGCAGGGAUUGAUAGGCUGGCUGAGGUGGCUGCCCCAGAUGUUGAGGGUGGAGUCCCUGCUGGGGGCUUUCAUUGGCCUGUUCGUAGGGGGGUCUACUGGGCGGAUGCUGGGGGCCACAGUAGGCUCAGUGGCAACAGAAGUGGGGAGGAGGAAGACUCUGAAGACUGAAAAAAACAAAUGAUGGGGAUUGGAUGCAUUCUACAAUUGGUUUGUAUUUGACCAACGUGCACUUCUCACAAUGUUAUUACGGUUUUUGUUGGUCACAACACUGGCUUGCCGAUUUUCUGUGAUCAACUUUACUAAUGCUAGUUAUGUAGAACUUGGGACAGGCCCUACUGUUUUUCUAAUUCAAAUUGAGAGGAAGUUUCAUUAAUGUUCCACUUGGUGGAGACACUGACCAAAUUAUUGAGGAUUAACAGUAUAUUUGAGCCCAACAGAAAGCAAAUGCCUUACUGCUAAACAAAAUAAAGUACUAUUUCUGAGGCAAGUUGUUGUGUCGGGCUGUUCACACUUAACGGCAAAGGGAACAUCUCACAUUUAAUGGUGAAUAUUCUCAUAGUCAAAUCAUUUUGUUUACUCGUCUUCUACUAUUUGUGCCCAAAGCAUAAAUUGGAGAAUAUCACUUGCAGCUUGAAACAGACAGUUUAAAAAAUUCCUUGGAAUAUGAUGUAAUACACAUGCGAAGGAUGUGCUGGCCUAUCAGCUGUCUACUCAAAUAUAUAUAUUUUUUAUAACUGGUAUACGCCCACAUCAUUCUGUUGUUUGGGUACACCCACACUAUUCCAACGCAGACAAGCUGCUUUGAAACAUACUUAAUUACCAUUUUUAGGAAGGAAAAAUAUUUCGCUCACUCAUAAUGUAAGUAAUUAUAGGUCAUAUUUCAUAUAAAUCUGGAAACACUGAGUAUAUAAUCCAAAGCAUACAAUUACACAUUUCCCCCAAACAGUAUUGUGCUAAAUUCAGGAGUUGUGCAUCAGCUGCAUUUAAAAAAUAAAAUUAAAAAAAA